CUGUGCUGACCGUCUUCACCGGAUAAUGCAUCGCGCAAUUUCUGCUUGAUGUUGUUCUUUUGCGGCCAUGUACAGAUUUGUCGUGUGUGCAGUUUUGCUGUUUGUUUUGUUUGAACUGUCGUUGUGCGCAGUACAGAUCAACCGACGGGACAUUCUCAGAGUCAGACAGGAACGGUGUGGUGCUGAGCACCGCCUGCCUCAGCUGAAACUCUACACAGCUCUACACGGACAGGAUGUGUGCGUCCGUGUGCGGCUUUCAUUGGAACCUCUGAUGGAAAAUGAAGGCCUGAAGAUAGACUUCAGUGACUCAGAAACGGUUGACUCCCACACGCUUCUCAUCUGGAACAGAAACAGAUCUCUUUUGUGGAACAGCACUAAUGGGGAGCUGUUGUUUCAGCCUCACAAAGUUAAAGUUAAGACACAUGAUACGACCACGACAUCCCAUCAGACAUAUUGGAUCCUGCGCUAUGACUGUUUCCUGGCUCAGUCUGGCUCUGAGGUCAGCGUGUCUGUUUACAGCAACAAUGAUAUGCUUAUCAGUGCAUCUUAUAAUGUAGAGCUCAUCAAAACAGAUAAUGAAGACCCAAUGCCUGAAUUCAGUGUCACCGUGGAUAAACAUGCUAAACAAUUCAUUGUUAAGUUGGAAACAGACCAAAUUGUGAAGAUCAGCCUGUGUUACAGGCAUUUAUAUGGAGAGUGUGAAUCAAUCUAUUUUGGUCAGAUUGACCCGAAGGUUAACCCGAUAGUUAAUCUGAACAUCUCUCACCUGGUUCCAUGUGUUUGUGUGCAGCUGUGGUUUACAGGAAUUGACAGAAGAAGAAACACAGUGUGUCCCUUAAAAGAGACCAUAGUGCCACAGGCAGGUGAAAUCUUGUCUUCGAGUUCAGCAAGAGUUCUCGGCUCUGUUCUGCAUUGGGAGCCUGUCUGCCCUUCCGACCAAUCAAAUCCCUCGGUCUCCGUGUGCUGGCUUAUUCAUGAGCGGAGCUCUUACUGUGUCCCCGCCCCCAACUCCACCCUGUACAGCACACAGCAUCUGAAUUAUAAUGUGUCUGCUGUUGAUAAACACCCUCAGAUGUGUGUAAAGUUUUCUCUUAACGGCAGUCAUCAAGUCUUCUGCCCCUUUGUGUCAGAGGGAAAGUCUGAAUGGAGUGUGAUGGUUGUUCCUGGAUCUCUGCAUCUGCAUGUUCGACUCACAUCUACCACAGCGGCUUCUUUUGCUGCUCAGCUGUGUGUCAGAGACCGAGAACAGUGUGUGUCUGAUGGACCCGUCAUCUCACGCCGAGUGGAUGGGGGCGCCACAGAGUCUGAGUUGAGCAUGCGGUUUCCCUUCCUCUCAUCAGAACUGUGUGUACAGGUGUGGCGCUUGGAUCCAUUCCUCCAUGGCAGACGAAUCAUUUGUCCUGAUUACACUCACAGGAGAUGGGGGCUCAUCAUUAGUGCUGUGUUCACCCUCAUGGUAACAGUGACCGUGCUGGUCUGCAUCACAUGCUACUUGCUCAAAAGAAGCACAUCAGAGUGGCGUUCUGCUGAAAGGAGACCCGUGCUGCUUGUGUGCUCGUCUGACAAUACCGCCCACGUUACUUCCGUGUGUUCUUUGGCAUACAGCCUGCAGAAGGAGCUGUUCAUGGACGUAAGGCUGGCACAGUGGGUGCAGUGCCGAUCUCAGUCCUCUCUGGCUCAGCUGGGACCCGUGCCGUGGCUGUGCGGUCAGUGUCACGCCGUGCAGAAGGCAGGCGGUGUCGUCCUGAUCGCCUGGAGCCCUGACGCCCAUCAGUCCUAUCUGAGAUGGCGGAAGAAUGUUUCAGUAGCGAAGGGAAAAGGCGCAUCCAAACUCUGUAAGGCCAUCAUGAAUGAUGGUGUUGAAGAUUGUUGUGAAGACGAGAAGAUGUGCUACGAUGAAGAAUGGAUGGAGCAUCGACAGCUUUCUUCUUCGACCACUGCUCCCGUGUUCAAUGCCGCCCUGGCCUGUCUUUGGGCAGGAAUACACAGUGACGACCACGGCCGGGGAUUUGGAUUGGUUUGCUUCCAGGGUCUUAACGAUAGCAGUAACAUUCCUAAACAUCUCAGAUGUAUCCGAAAAUACAGUCUCCCGAGAAAUCUGCCCUCUUUAAUACACGACCUAGGCAGCUCGAUGGAUGGAAUGGGAAAAACAGAAGGAAGUUGGCGAUGCUGGUCAUGUCUUGUGUCAAAAGCACGGUCAUUCUUUGCAUCACGCCAGCUUGCGCCGAGACUUGAGGCGGGACUGCCUGUGCCAGGCAGGCGCAGCUCCAAGAUCAUUCUGAAGUUCUCACGGAAAUUAAAGAGCGGCACAAAAGGAAAGACGUUGAAGCAUAAGAAACGACAAAGUAAAGUCGUGUCAUCGUGUUUGUCCAGAAAGGGGUGUACGAAGAAAACAAGUGAGGCAGAACUACUAAGAUCACAACUAUGAGUUGAACAUGCUCUGGAGUUUUUGAACUAUAAUGUAAACACAAAGCUUUUUUUUUUAAUUCACUCGUGUCGUUGUCAGGAUCUGACAGUGCCAGAUGAUCGAAUGCUUCAUCCACAACCGGAGAGUUAAAAUGAAUAAACUGAAGGCAAUUCUAAUUUGAAUAAUAUAUGUAAACAUUUCUAAGUGGACUUGUACAGUUGUACAGUAUUUUAUAUUUUUAGACCACAGAAUUCCCUGAAAAUGACUCACAGGAAACCAGGUUUGGUUGGAGGAAUAGUUUGGGUAUAAAGGAAUGGUUCACCCAAAAAUUACAAUUUGGUCAUCAUUAACUCACCACAGGUCGUUCCAAACCUGAAUGGCUUUCUAUCUUCCGUGAUAUACAAAUGGAGGUAUUUUGAAGAAAGCUGAGCUAAUGUUUUCCAUACAUUUCAAAGUGGACAGUGAUUUUUACUGCCAAGCUUCAAAAAGGACAGAACACAAAAUAAUAAAUAAAUCGGCAGUAUAUGUAAAUAUUUUGAUUUUUUUUAAAUACAUAUAUAUAUAUAUAUCAUUUAUGAAGGACUGCAUCAGUGGUAUUUGUACUUAUAACAGCUAUACUGUACCACACAAUUUACCAAAAAUGACCAAAUGCAUUAAGGAGCAGCUGAGUGUACAGUAUUUCACUAAAUCCACUAUUUUCCUGAAUGUGGACGUUUUUCAUGAUUCAUAACAGAAGUUUUCUGGUCUCCAGUAUUUUAACUCGCAUCAGUGUAUGUUCUUGCCAGAAAAUGUGAUGUUUAGCACAUUACAUUUGUAAAAACUGUCCAAAAAAAUAAAUAAAUAUGUGGCUCCAUAGUGUCAA